AUGUCUGAAACCACAAAAACCGCUCGUGCUCCAAAUGGUCGUCGCCUCUACGUCCGCGCCGUCUUCAGUGGCUACAAGCGAGGACAAAGAAACCAACAAGUCAACACUGCCCUGCUGAAGUUGGAGAAUGUUCACGACACCAGGGAAGCUCAAUUCUACGUUGGAAAGCGCGCCGUCUACGUGUACAAAGCCCAGAAGAAGGUCGCCAAGGGAGGUCACGAGAAGACUCGCGUGAGAGCCAUCUGGGGCCGCGUCACCCGAGCUCACGGUAACACAGGAUCAGUCCGCGCCAAGUUCCGCCACAACCUCCCCCCAUCGGCCAUGGGCAAGAGAGUGCGAGUGAUGCUUUACCCAAGCAACAUCUAA